UUGAUUUUAAAGAAUUGUAUUGAGGAAUGCAAGUUCCCUCCAGAACCAGAUGCAAUUUGUCGAUAUCAGCAAUGCCAUGGCCACUCCAAAAUCCAAAUAUUUUUUUCAGACCCAGAUUUUAAGGGUUUUAUACGUAUUACUUGCUGUCAGCAAUGUAGAGUGGAAUUUCAUAUCAGCUGUUGGAAAAAGUUGAAAACAACAAACUACAGUGAUAAAAAUGAUAAGGAUUUUCUUCAAGAAUUGUGUUUCACUCCUGAUUGUACAGGCCUUAUUUCAAAAAUAGUUAUUUUCAGUUCUUCUGGUCUGGUAAAAUGUGAAUUUGAACAAAAAAUCACAAAACCCAAGGAACCACCAAGAGCCAGUAUUAAACAGAAAUGUACAAGUCUUAGGAAGUUAAGAAUGAAACAAGAAAAAAAAUUACGAAGAAAGCGUGCACGAGAAGAGGCACGGAAUUCUGCUAAAAAGAAAAUAGAAGAAAACCAGAUGGGAGAUGAACCAUCUCAAUACAGUGAUCACAGUGGUUAUGUUCAGGACUUAUAUGCUGGUGAUCGAGUCCUGCAGCAUAUCAGUCGAAAUGCUGAGCAAAUAAAAACAGCUGUUCAUGAUACUUCCAAACUAUUAAAGGAAUUACUUUCAUGGUUUGUAAUCAGUGAGGAGGAUUACACAUCAUAUUCCAAAACUAGUAGCAUGCCGCAUGAAGUGAUGGAGCAGCUCAUCAGCUACUUAAUUCAGGAAAAAAACAGAGUAAAAACACGGGGUUUUAUCCAUGUGCUGAGUGAGCUGGAAGAAGUGGAUCCCAAAUUACACAAAUGGCUGAAACACCUUAACAACUUGGGUCUGACAGCUACGGAGAACUUUCUCCUUCAAUAUGGACAACUUUUAAAAGAGCUUGACCUUUCUAUUUUAACCACACUCUGGAAUGAGAAGUAUGGUAGUAAAUUUGACUAUGUGACAACUUGUUUUGAAGACAAAGAAAUUCAUGAUUAUUUCUUAAAACCACCCCUAGAGAAAACUCGUUGUUUUAUAUGGCUGUUAGAGGACAACAGAGACAAUUUUCCAUUUCUUCAUCAAGCUUUAGAUGAAUUCUUUGAUAAAAUGGAUGACCCUACCAUUAUAUUAAAGAAGCAGGGAAAUGAAAAUAUAUCGACUAAUGGUAUCAAAGUUAAAAACAAAAACAGGAAGAAGAACUCAAAAGACUUGAGGUCUAUUUUAGUAUUAUCCAGUGGAGUUAGUACAGCACCACAAGAAGAAGAUAAGAUAUUUAUAGAAGAAAAUACUUUUGAUUUCACAAAUUCUUAUGAACCAUUUGUAAUCCCAGAAUAUCUUCGGGGGCAACUAGAGGAAUUUGAAGCUCUCUGUGACGUUUCAAAUAGUAACAGUUAUCAAAGAUUUUUGGACAACAAUCCCAAUCAAACUUGUGAAAGCUUAUACGAAUACUUCUCUCAAAUCUUGGAGGAACAUGGCCCUAUGGAAAUUAAUAAUAAAUUACUAGUUGGGGAAUAUGAACAUUUCCCUGAAGAAGCUCGAAAGAUUGUAGAAGAUGAAGGUGGUCUGAAAUCUUUUCUUCUGAAAUCCCUUCGUUUCAUUAUGGUGGAUAAUCUUAUUGGCCUAAGAAAGCAUGCAGUUCUUAUUAAAGAAAAUACAAACAGCCAUGAGACUGGAGAUAAUGAAGAAAAUUAUAUAGCCUGUGAUGUGCAAGAAAAUUCUUCCCAGAAAAAGCUACAGUUAAAUCCAGCUGCUAAGGAAUUCAAACCGCUCUCUUAUCCUAAGCAACCCCAUAUAUCAGCAUCUACUGACUUGACAGUAGCAAAGUAUAAGACUCCACAACAUUUGCCAUGGUCUUUUCCUACUUCAUGUAAAUCGGUGCGUUCUUUGCAUAGUCAGAAUAUCGAUACCAUAGAAAAUGGUUCGUCGUUUUCAGACAUUUUACUAAAGUGCUUUGAUUCUAAAAGCCCUGGUAUAUUUUUGUCUCAGACUUCCUGGGCUUAUCAGUAUGAAAGGCUAUUGCCAGUGCCUUCUGAAAUGCCUCUCAUUUCAAAUGUUGCCAAGCAACCUCGUUGUAUUUAUGCUGAUCACGUAACUCAUCAGGAUAAUGAUGAAUCGGCGAUUUCAGACAGAAAAUAUGUCUUCAGCAGUCUUAUACCAACUGAAGUACAAACGUAUGAAGACUCUUGGUGCCAACUGGAGAACUCGGAUGACACAUUUUCUGAAGACAAUUUUGCUGUUGUAAAUAGUACAAAUGAAGCUGAAUGUGGUAUACAGGUUGUUAAGAUGAAAAAAGAGGGCAGAGGUAUACCUCUGAAAAACAAUCCUUAUACAAGGAUGAUACCUGUUCAGGUAAGAAAUUAAAAUGGAACAGUUAGUAGAGAGCUUUUGAAUUUUUUUUUUUUUUUAUAACUGAUUUAUUUUCAGGGAGAUAUUCUACGCCUGGAAAAAGAGCAUCAGGUAUUAAAAGAACAAGUUAAAGAAGCACAGGAAAAAUAUGAUCAGUUACAAAGCCGAAGCUCGGAGGAAAUCAGUGCCUUAGAAGAGCUCCUGAAAAAAAGCGUUGAAGAGACUGAGGUAUCAAAGAAUGAACUGGAUUGGCUUCAACAAGACUUAGAAAUAAAAAUGAAAAAAUGGCAACAGGAGAAAAAAGAAAAUCAAAAGAACUUAAAAGCACUAAGGAACACAGUUAAAAAGCAUACAGAUACCAAUGAUAGGUAUUUGAAGACCAUUGAUGAGAAGGAAAAGCAAUAUAAUGUAUCUUUAAACAUGUAUCUCGAGACCAGUAAUAAACUUGCUAAUGAGAAAGUAAAAUUGGAAGAGCUUAUAAAAAAGAGCCAAGAUGACUGCCAAGAGUGUGUGAGAAGAGCUGUUAAAGCAGAGAUAUCAGUACUCAAAAACUGGAAGGAAACUGAAGUAUGCAGACUAAAUGGUAUAACUGCCAAUGCAGAAGUAAAUCUCAAGGUGCUGAAGUCAUUCAGCAGCAGCUCACCUUCAGCAGCAUCCACGUUGAAGUCACAGAUUGAUUCUUGGGAAAUAUUUAUUUCAAAUGUAAAGAAACAACUGGAAAAAGUAGAGGCUAAGUAUGAAGAAAAAAUUCAGAUGGUGAAAAAUGGUGUACGGAACUGCCUCACUAAAAUGGAAACUGUGGAGCUUGCUUCUCCUCCCAGCGUCUUAACAAAACAAGGCAGACCUCCAGUCAGUGACCCAGCCAUUGUCACAUAUUCCUCUGCAUCUGCACAUCCUAAUUUACUUCCUGCAUUUUCAAGUUCUGAAGAUCCAGGUCCAACACACGCUUCACUUAAUACACAGGCCGGAGUUAAGCCAACACAUGCAAAUUCUACAGCUUGUUCUGCAAGUGGUGGAUCAGUGAAAACACACUCCAAACCUCUGGAAGGAUCAUAUUCCGAUAAAGUUUCAGCAACUUGCCUGUCGGGGAUUUCUGGAAGUAAUAUUCAGAGUGUCCAGCCAAACCAGAACCACCAAGAUGACUUGGCUGUACAACCGAGGCCUUCAGGACUUCCAAACAACAAAAUGCUUCCAAAAGCAUUUGAAAAUGUUAUUGCGCAUUUACAGAGUAUAUUCCCAAACUAUAGCAGUUCAGAGUUUACUAGCUUCAUAAAAGACGUACAAAGAAGAAAUGGGAAUACACUGUCAGGUUUGAGCUUAGACGAAAUUCUAAGCAGAGUGACAGAACUCAUUCUGGACCAGCAAAAUAAGGCACCAACUUCAACAGGGAGACCUCUGAAGUCAGUAUCCCCUGCUUCACCAGCGCAGACUAGAACUCGGGGCUGGGAAGUACCUGCAGAAGAAAAUGUGCCCAGCCCACCCAAGGCAAGACCUGUGCAGAAAAAUGCCUCAAGUAAAAAUCCAUCUUGGCCAAAUCUCCAGCCGUGGGAAAACGUUGGAGCAAUACCUAAAUCAAAAUGGAAAAAACUAGACUACACAGCCUCCAGUGAUGAGCUGUGCACAAUAUGUCAUGAUGAGCUAAUCAAAGACUUGUGUGAACUAGAAUGCGGGCAUUGUUUUCACAGAGAGUGCAUUAGAACGUGGCUUAAGCAACAUUCAAGUACCUGCCCCAUCUGCCGCAUUCAUGUUUUGUUAUCUGAGGACUUUCCUAAGCUUCCUGCACGGAACAAAUAUGCCUAA